AUGCAAAAUAGGGUCGAGAGUGCACGCAAAUACCUAACUUUGGUUAGAAAUAAAUUCAAAGAGCACGGCGAUAAAUAUGAAGAGUUCCUUCAAGUUAUGAAAGCUUUUAAAGAGCAAAGGUAUAAUUUAUGCAGGAUGGAUACUGAGGCUGUAUGCAAGCGCGUUCAAGAGCUUUUUAAAGGCCAUCGAGUGCUUCUAUUAGAAUUCAAUAAAUUAAUCCCUCAAAAUUAUCGAAUUUCUAUUGAAUCACGUCCUCAUUAUAAUGAAGCUAUUGACUACAUGCGCCGUGUUAAAGAGGAAACCAAACAUGAUCCUGCAAUUUAUGAAGAGUUUAUUGUUAUAGCCAUUUUACCGAUUUAAAUUACUUUUAUAAAUUAUUUUUUACUAACUUUUCUAAUUUAAAAUGUGUUUAUAUGCAAAAAUCAUACAAUUUUUUUCGUCACUUAUUUGGCAGGCACCAGUUUAUAAGAAUCCUCAAACUAUACCAAGGAAAAGAAAUGUCUCUUGAUGAUGUCAACAAUUCAGUAAAAAAACUUAUGGUAGACUUUCCUUCUCUAAUAGACUCUUUCAAAGCGUUUUUGCCUAACUAUUAUGACGACUCGUCUUCGGAAGAAAAAGAUGAGCCUGCUUAUUCUAAGCCAAUUAAAAAAAGAAAAGAAAUCGCCCCAGUCACUACAUUAUCAAUUGAAAAAUUAGUCAUUGAAGAAAUUGGAGAACCAAUAGGAAAAAAUGAAGUCGUUUUUUUUGGAAAGCUGAAAAAAGUCCUGGAUUUGAAUUCCCAACCAAAUACCGACUAUUUUUUAGAGUUCAGCCAAGUUUUUCAGCUUUAUACAGAUUGCAUCAUUACUAAAGUGGAGUUGCUGGGAGUUGUUGAGCCACUUUUUCAGUUGACUGAUUUCCAUAAGUUUUUAAAUUUGAGGUCACCAGGGGUAAGAAGAUACCAGAAAGAAGAAAAUCCUGAGCUGACCCAAUUCGUACAGCAUCAGCUUAAUGAUUUCUAUGAAACUUUAAAAGUAAUUGCAACUAGUAGAGAAAGCAAUAGAAGAAAACAUGGGUGGUUUUUCAGGCCUCUUUCAGACUUUGAUACGGGUAAAACUAAAAGAAAUGGUCACAGCUAUCUUCAAGUUCAAAGACCAUCGAUAAAAAGACAUAGAGUUUUUCCUUAUGAAAGUAAAUGAAUUUCUGUCCCAUAUGGCUCAGAAGAUUUUUCCUUCAGAAAUUUCAGAAAAAAUGCUUUUGAGGAUGCCCUAUUUAAAUGUGAAGACGAAAGAUAUGAGCUUGACAUGACCAUUGAGUGCGCUUUAGCUACCCUUAAAAUGCUUGAGGCAGCAGAAAAUAAAAUGAAAAGUUUACCAAUUGAUCAGCAAAAAACCUUUCAAUUGGAUGAUAAAUUCAUGGAAAAAUUAAGACUGAGAUCAAUACAAAGCAUUUAUUCAGAGCAUGCUUCAAAAAUAAUUGAAACAUUAAAAAACAACCCAUCAAGAGCUUUAUCGGUAGUAAUUUCAAGAAUUAAGAGUAAAAUCGAUGCGUGGAAAAAUAUAAGCAAGCCUGAGAGCGAUAGAACUUGGGAUGAGACUGUAGAAAAGAAUUUCUAUAAGUCUCUUGACCACAGAUCAUUUUAUUUCAAACAAAAUGAGAAAAAAAUGACAAAUGCAAAAAAUUAUUUAACAGAAGCAAAAUCUCGAUCCUUAAAUUUAGCAGCCAAAAAAGCCCAAUUAAGGAAAUAUAUAGAAGACAAAACAAUAGAUCAAAAUUAUGAUAUCAUUGGAGGAUCAAGAAACCAGAUAUUUUUUAACUCAUUUGCCGGGCUUUCAGGGGCUGUUUAUCACAAAGUCUUAGGGAAUUUUGUUGAUGAUAUUUUAGAAGAGUUUAAAGAGCUAGACAAACCAGAACGUGCGCUAACAUUUAAUAACGGUGUUGAGUAUGCAACUUUGCCUCAAUUUCGGCUUCUUUUGAACCACCAGCCAAUUAUAAAUGAUGCUCUAAGAAUUUUACUUUAUGCUGCUGAUAAGACCAGUUUAUCAGGAAAAGAAAAACUAAAUAAAUGAAUCAUAGUGAUUUUUCAAGAAUUUUUUGGACUAAAAUUACCCUAUGAUAUCACUAAUCAUUUAGUAGAAGAUUAUUUUGAAAGUAUUCCAGAAGAAGAGAUCAUUGAUAUAGAAACAGCAAAAAAUAUCAUAAAUAAAUGGAAUACUGAAGAAAAUUCUGAAAUGAUCAUCGAAAAAGAUGAGAACCCUAUAGAAGAAGUGGGCCAAAAUCCUAUUUCCUUAAAAAAAGACCAGUCUUUUGCAGCAUUUAUCCCAUUGAUGAAGAAGCAUAACGUUAUGUAUUGUCCUAGCACAGUUUACUGCUUUUUGAGGUUUUUCUUCGUUAUGUACGAAAGACUGCUGAAGGUAAAAAUGGUCCUAAGCCAAGAAGGCAAAGAAAAUCCUCCAAUUGAGGUCGGAGAAUAUAAGUUUUCAGACGAAGCACAAGUUGAGUACUUAGGCUUCUUAAAAUCUGUCUCUCUAAUACUGAAGAACACCUAUGAUAAUGCUAAAUUUGAAGAUAAGUGCAGGAUUCUGCUAGGAAAUGAUGCGUAUGUCCUUUUUACAUUCGAUAAACUGGCAAUUUAUACAGCAAAAGCACUGCAUGCCCUAGCUCAUGAUGAGGUCACAAUAAAAUCCUUGCCUUUCUUCCAAAGAUUCAACCGAAAUAAGCUCAAUGAAGAAGUUUAUAUGUCGGAUUUCUUGAGAAGUGUUCCUAGCCAUCAGCUGUUUAGGCUUCAUUGGAAUGUAGAUUUUAGGAUUUUAUGCAUGACUUAUAUAGAAAGUCCUUGUGAAAAACUCCAAGAGCCUGCUGUAAAGCAUAUGCUGAAAUAUGCAAAGGAUUUUACUAAUGAGGCAUGUGAAACUGAUUUAGAAGAUGAAAUAAAGAUCAUGCAUGAAAGACUCGAUGUUUUUUAUCAAAAUUAUGGGAUAACUCAAAACGACCUUGCAAAUCAAUUAAUUUUGAUGAAUGGGAUUAAGAUUGGUCUGAAUGAAAGUUCAUUGAAGAUGCAUUUUAUACCAGAGCAUGAAGAUUAUUUAUUUAAUGCUAAGUAUUAUAAGAAUCAUAUACUCUUAGCAACAGAAGAAGAAACUUAUAUUUGCCAAGACAAAAAUUCAUAUGUGCAAAAAAUAACAGAAAUUGGACUGAAAAAAUUCCAGAAGUGGAUGGAAAGCAAUCAGAAAUAA